CCAUGUAUCGGAGAAGGACAGAGCGACCGUUCUGCUGUUCUGCUAGCAGACAGCAAAUAUUUCAAAACACAGCUGAUAUAGUCCUGGGAUGUGUUUUACACUGACCAAACACAGCUGAUAUUUUAAUACAUAAAAAAAAAAAUGAUAUUUUUCAAAAGUGUGCUUUAAUUAAUCUAAGUAGUGUUUGUAGUGUUUUUGGGGUUAUAGCUUAUAGCUUAUAACCCUAAAAAGUAAAAAUAGGUGAAGUGUUAGUGAAAAAAGCAGAGCAGUGAAAUUAUUUAAAAAAGUGUGAAGUGUAGUGAUUUGAAAAAUAUGUGUGAUAAUCGAGAUGCCAAGGAAAAGUUUACAAGUACCCAUCCUGACAAGAAGUACUCUCGAGGAAGAGGCAAGAAGAGACCAAGAAGAUUUGUAGGAGCAACAUGCGAGGAUGAACCUGCCGACAGGAGAAGACCUUUAAGUUUAGCAACAAAGAUAUAAACUCCAGCAGUGGAAGGAACCUCUGAGGUCAGGAAUAGAUUGAUUGAUAUCAACAUUCUAUUUCCUGCUCUCGAGGAACUUUUGAUUUGCAAACAAUGCCUACAGAUUGCCGAGUCGGAAGUAGCCUGCCCACAAAAAUGGACGACGAAAAUUGUUUCAACGAUCAAGGAACAUGGUAUGUAGUGGUUUUUGCGGAAAAUGGUGAAGAAAAAGAGUCAGUUGAAGCCAUUCCCGAUUUUUGGAUACUUAAUAAUGGAGAAGAUGCUAUGUGGCCACCAUGGACAAAUGAUCGUAAAACAAUAAGAGCCAUCGCAUCCCGCAAAUCUCCUGAGGAUAGUUGGUCUAUUUGCAAAUUGAAGAAAGUUUACAGGGAUUCUGUAUGUGACACAUAUGGAGAAGCUGCCAAGAAAGCGGAAUUUGCAGAGGAUACGUCAGAUUUAAAUGGCGAAUACGAGAAACUUGUAGAUCCAAAAAAUCGCAAAAACCUUAAAAGAAGGGCGCUAGAGUCUUCCGAUGAUAAUGGCGAUGACGAAUUGGAGACAAGCAGCAGAAAAAAUAUCAAACAGGAUGAAAUUUCAACACCAUUUUCAACUAUAGCAUCCUUGCACGAUGUGCCAACUCCACCAAAGCAAAUGUUAAUUGAUACACAACAAAAGGAUAAUGUAGAAGAUAUCAAACAGGAGGAAGAUAAUGCACAUGAACCCGCACAGGAAUCUGACGAAGAUGAACAAGAGUCAAAGAAACAAGCAGAUGCUGAAGUAGAUAAAAAAGCUAAUGAAAGCGAGAAGCAAGGGCAUGUUGGAGCAGGAGUUCAUAAUUUCUUAUCGGCAUUAGACGCCGUAAGUGAAGAAGACGACAUGUCACAAGCUGCACAUGAUGAUACUGGACCUUCCAAUAAACCUACAGAGCAGUCGGCAGGAUCAAAUUCCGACAUAGAGAGUAAUGUCGAUCAUAAUGAAAAUAGCAGGAAAAAAAAGAAAUGGACAGUACCGAAAAAAAAUAAUGCAGGUACUCUAAUUUUCCCGAUAACACCAUCAAAAGAGUUUCAAUCCCAUCUAGUCAAAGUUAAAAAGAUUCAGCAGAGUAAUGUAAAUAUCGAAAAAUUAAAAUUAAGCAUCUCUGACCGGAAGAACGAGAGUACAGAUAGAGGCUCUACGGCCAGUUCGGCAAGAGACAAUGUAAAUCUCAAAAAUCCUGCACCGAUUACAUCUGCAAGUACUAUUAUUAAUGAUGAUGUGCAAGCACCUAAAGGAAAUAAUGAAGGCGAUAAGCAAGAUUAUGCUACACUUGGAGUCGGUGGCUUCUCAUCGGCACUAGACGUCUUAAGUAACGAUCCGAAUUUGUCGAAAAAUCAAUCGACGUUCAGCGAUGUUAAUGAUGGGCAGGAAGUAGAUUUUUCAGAAGAUGAGCAAAGAAAAGAUUAUUCAAGUAGAUACUCCCUCAAUCAACGUAAAAAGCAGUCGUCAGGAUCAAAUUUAAAAAAAAAGAAUGCAAACGGAAAUCCUGUACCCCGUACAUCUGCAAGUACUACUAUUAGCAAGGAUUCAAAUACAAAUAGUAAAGAAAAAACUCCGAGCAAGAAAAUUGCAGCAUUUGACAAAAGUGGGAUACUAACAGUGGCUCAAAUCAAUAGUUUGUCUGACAGGGACUUAAUCGUUCAUUCAAUAUUGCUGAUGCAGACGAUUCUAACAAAUCAGAUCAGAAAAAAAGUUAACGAAGGUACGAAGACUACGCGCUUUGAGGAGAAAACAAAUGAAUUAUUUGAUAUAGGAAUACUGAUCAAAGAGAAAUUUCCUUUGCGCUCAAAGGCACAGUUUGAUGUAUUCAACAAUCAUUUGAAGACCGACAAUGAAUUCAGAAUGAGAUUUAAAAAAUACUUCGAGUCACUAGGCGAAAAUGAUGGUGCUGCAAUUGCGCGUAACAUCCUCAGAUUAAUUAUAACUGAUAACGUAGGAGUUUUAUAUAGUCUAAAAGGCCAGUUAGAGAAAGAGAGAUUUGAUGACAAACCGUUCUACCAUAUUUUAGAGGCUGCUGCUAUGAAAUGCACUGUGAAAAAUAAAGUGAAGGACAUUCGAACAGCCGUUGGCAAUUGGCUAAAAUCAAGUAAAGGAAGAAUAGACGCAAGGCUGGAAAGUGAAGCGAAAAAAAGAGAACAAGAAAAGAACGAAAACCUCGAGAAUAAAGGAAAAAACGAAAGAAAAUCAAGAAAACGAAGCAAAGUUGACCCGAUUUUAAGCGAAGAUGACUCAUAUGAUGAAGAGGACUCAUAAGAUGAAAUAUAACGAAAUAUAGUUUUAAGAUACUAAAUAUUCAAUAUGAAUAUAAUUGUUAAUCUAAGUUUGUUAAUCUAAGUUAAUCUUAAAAAAGCUAAAUAUUCAAUAUGAAUAUAAUUGUUUGUAACAAACCUCUAAAUAAAAAUCUAUAAACUCUGA